AAGUUGAUAUCAUCAAAAGGGUAGAUUUGUCUGACUAAAAUAGCCAAAAUAUUUGAGUUUACAGUGAAUAAAGAAAACAAGGGUAAGCAGUAAAUCUUAAUAUGUGAGGCCGGAACCACCAAAUGUUUGGUAUGAACGGAUCAAACCGGAUCAAAUCAUUAAAAUUGGCAUCAAUUAAUUUUAAUUUUCAACUGACUAAUUGAAAAAGCACAUAAAUAAUAUAAACACAAUAUGAAAUCAUGUAAAUGAUCGAGUUUAGUAGUUCUGCUUGCAGGGUGCAUUAGAACUGAACCUCAUUCUUUCCUGUGCUUUUUUUCUUCCUUCUGUUUGUUCUUAAAUAAGGUCCAAUGUGCAUCUAGGGUUGCUGUAAACACCAAAGAUGUGAGAAGUAAUUCACAGUUGAUAGCGAUGUAAAAGUUGUGGAACCAUCAGUCGCAUGAAUCCCACGUGUUGCAUCAUGCAACAGGGGAUGAGAGGAGAAGGGGGGCUGGAGAUGGCAAGGGAGGGGUGAGGAAGAGGAGGGGAGGUGAAGAGAAAUGUAAGAAACAAGAAGUAGGACAAGAAGUAGGCUGACAAGGAAGGGAGAAAGGAGGGAAUACUGGAAGUUCAGUAGACAGAAAGGAGAGAGAGGCAUAAUAAGUAGUGUGGCAGACAGUGGUGGAAAGAUGUGCCAGAGAUAAAUGAGCUGUACUUCUGUAUGUCUAUAUGAUCACUGAGCUGCUUGAGCUCAGCAGGCUCAGUCCGCUCGUCACUACACUGGAUGAUGGGGGGUGCGGGGCUCUGCUACCCGCAGCUCCUCAACUCAUCCUGCAGGGGUAUAAUGCGCCCUCGCUCUGAGGCUGUGGUCCUCUAUGUGGUGUUCUCCUCCAUCUCUGCCGUCACUAUAGUUCUCAACCUCCUGGUCAUCAUCUCCAUCUCCCACUUCAGACAGCUCCACACCCCAGCCAACCUGCUCCUGCUCUCCCUGGCCAUGUCAGACCUCCUGGUGGGGCUGCUGGUGAUGCCGGUGGAAACUGUGCGAGUCGUAGAAACCUGCUGGCUGCUGGGUAACCUCAUGUGCGCCCUGUCCUUUAUUAUCGGCUUCACUGUCACAUCAACCUCUGUAGGGAACAUGGUGCUCAUAUCCAUCGACCGUUACGUGGCUAUCUGUUACCCGCUGCAGUACCCUACCAUCAUCACUCGCCGCAGAGUGGAGGUGUCCGUGUCUCUGUGCUGGGCCUGCUCGCUGCUCUACAACGGGCUGAUCUUAAAGGACCACCUCAAGCAGCCAGACAGACACAACUCCUGCUACGGGGAGUGUUUGGUGGUGAUUAGCUACGUCUCCGGAGCCGUUGACCUUGUGUUCACGUUUAUCGGGCCCUGCUCAGUCAUCGUCCUUCUGUACGCGAGGGUGUUUCUUGCGGCAGCGUCUCAGGCUCGCGCCAUGCAGCGUCACGUUGUCGCUCGCGCGGGCGGUUCCCAAACAGUCACCGCGAAGAAGUCAGAGAAGAAGGCAGCCAGGGCUCUGGGUAUUGUCAUACUGGUGUUUUUGAUGAGUUUCUGUCCGUAUUACUACCCGUCCCUCGCAGGACAGGACACCUCAAACAGUGUUAAAUCCUGGGCUUUUGUGUCCUGGCUAUUGUAUUGUAAUUCUUGUGUGAACCCGCUUAUAUAUGCCUUUUUCUACCUGUGGUUUAGAAAAGCUAUAAAGCUCAUCCUCACCCUGAAGAUCCUACAGGAAGGCUCCUCUCAGACAAAUAUACUUUAAAACUCACCUACACC